CUUCCCCUUUCCAUGCAUUCAGAUCAUGAGACUUUGUUUGCUUUUUCCCUGCUCGUCCAGACCACAAAGUACUCAUCAAAAAAUCCAUAUCCAAUUGUAAAAUAGGGAUGAGUUCCUUUCAACAGGAAGUGCUGCUUUUCUUAAAUCUGAUCAGCCUGGUGUCAGGGCUGCAGUUUGCAACAGAAGUGCCUUUCCUCACAGUGUGGAACGCCCCUACUGCCAACUGUUUCUCACAAUAUGGCAUUGACCUUGAUUUGGGCACGUUCAGCAUCGUCCAGAACCAGAACCAGACAUUUAUAGGUGAAAACAUUACAAUCUUUUACUCUGAAAAGCUGGGUCUGUAUCCCAGGUACACCGGCAAAGGAGAGGCUAUCAAUGGCGGGGUACCUCAGAACGCCAGUCUGGAUGAACACCUCAGGGCGGCCUCUGAAGAUAUCCGCACCUUGAUCCCUGACAGGGAUUUCCAGGGCCUGGCUGUGGUGGACUGGGAGAGCUGGAGACCAGUUUGGGAGAGAAACUGGGACAGUAAACAGGUGUACAUGGAGGGCUCAAGAGCACUAGUGAAGUCCAGACAUCCAGAUUGGAGUCCUGCACAGGUAGAAGUCGAAGCCCGGGUGGAGUUUGAGGAAGGUGGGAGGAAGUUCAUGGAGGAAACAUUAAAGCUGGGGCAGCAGGAGAGACUAAAUGGGCUGUGGGGCUUUUACGGUUUCCCCAACUGCUACAACUACUACAGUGACAAAAGCACAAACUAUACAGGCGAGUGUCCACCUCUGGAGCUGAAGAGGAAUGACCAGCUGAUGUGGUUGUGGAACGUCUCUUCUGCUCUUUAUCCUGACAUCUACCUCAGCCUGCAGCUGCGAGACCUGAGCAGAGAAGUGCUCCUCUACACCCACCACCGCAUCCUGGAGGCCAUGAGAGCUUCAUCAACAACACCUGUGUUCCCUUACACUCGCAUCGUCUACACAUACACGUUAGAUUUCCUCUCUAAGGAGCAUCUGGUCUAUACCGUCGGAGAGAGUGCUGCUUUAGGAUCUGCAGGGGUGGUGCUGUGGGGCGACAAUACCUUCUCUAAAUCUCAGGCUACUUGUAAGGCUGUGAAAUCCUACAUCGACCAGACUCUGGGUCCUUACCUAGUGAACGUCACGGCGGCGGCGGCUCUCUGCAGUCAGACAAUGUGCUCCUUUCAGGGAAGAUGCCAGAGGAGGAACUCAGACUCGAGGGCCUACCUACACCUAGACCCUGCGGUGUGGAAGGUGGUGUCUGAAAAGAAACCACAUGGAGGGCAGAACUACAGAGUUUUAGGACAGAUGAAAAACCACGAGGUAACAUUAAUGAAGUCUGAGUUUCGGUGCAAGUGCUACCCAGGAUGGGGCGGGGAGAGCUGCUCCAAACGAAUGCAGGGAUAACAGGCUCUAAUUAAGGGAGUUACAAAGACAGUAUUGAUAUCGUAAAUUGCAGUAAAGUCUGUAAAAAGUGUCAAAUGAACCACUUCGGGGGUAGUAUUUUUCUUUUUAACAAUUUACAUUUUUUACGUUGUCCUUGAUUUGCAUCACUUUUAUGUUUGAGCCUCACUGUACAAAAUGAUUUAUGUGCAGACGUUGUCUCUAGAAAACCGUUUACACAUCUGAAACUGGAACCAUCCAGUGCACAAAACCUGAGAAUGGAUUUGUGGAUACAGUGAAGAAGCGGACAUAUUAUGUAAUACAACAUGCUACUUUAUACUCUUACUCAAAUACAUUUCAGUGGGAAAUAUUGUACUUUUUAGUCAUUCUUUUUUCAGUGGAAGCUAUUAGUUACUUUCAAGAUUAGGAUUUAAAAUGAUUCAUACAUAGCAUCAGCCAGGGGAAAUAUCAUUUAUUCCAAUUAAAUGACUAUGUUGCCUGAACACAUUUAAAAGCUGCUUACAAAUUAAUAAUACAAAAUAUUACAUUAUGGGACAUUCUGGAUAAUAAGGAUUUUUUCUCUUGAUACUUUAAGUACAUUUGACUGAUGAUACUUUUGUAUAUUUGCUUGAGUCCUUUUAUGCAUUUCAUGAAAUAACAUCAUGAUGGGACUUACUUUAGUAAACACAACUUGCCUUUAAUUAAAGUUUCAUGCUGUGGUUUUCAUUUAAAAGUGACGUAUAUAUGACGGUUUUUGACCAGCAGGUGGCGCUGUGGGACAGCUAACUGGCAGAGAUGCAUGAGACAUCAAGGUCAGAGCUCUGGGUGUUAGUAAUCACAAGGAGAGUCAAAUCAGUGUAGAGGAAAAAAAAAAUUGUCUUGGUACAUCCGCUUCUUCUGACUUUAUGCUCCAACUCUGCAGCCGCUGAAGCGUUCAUGAAGGGUUAAACUCUGAGAGAAGCAGAGAGGGCAUAAGGUGACCUUGAUUGAUUUACGAGUGGCUCUACAAUGUUGUCUUAUCUGAUAGCCACCGCUGCUCCAAACUGGUGUUGUUGAUUGUGAUUUUCCCCCUCUCUCCCCUGAGGGACCGACAGGCUGGAAGAACAGACUCCCACAAGGUCCUGCUGUUUCCUGCUUCCUGCUUUAUCAUCACUGGCUGAAUUAUAGGGAAGCUUGAUGCUUUUUAUUAAGCUGAGGAGAGUUUUCAGCCUGUGUUCUUUUUAAACAUAAUUUUAGUGUUUGGUUGUGCAGUUUCAGAAAAAUACAAUUUGCGUUUCAUAAGCCACAGACAGAAUUUAAUGUCCAGUCUAUAUUUACCUGUAGUUUCUUGAUAAUGGCAGAAGGAAACACAACAAGGCUCUCCUUCUGAUUGACGUUUGUGCUGCUUGUCAGUCUAUUUGUGAUUAUUAUUAUUUUGUUCACCUUGGCAGCCUUAAAUCCAAUCCCUCUGUCCAAAUAGAGAUAUAAUUAUAAUAAUGCUGUGUUUGUUUAAUAGGCUUGGGUUUAUUAAAGAUGUUGUUUAGAAUAUUACAAUUCUAUUCAUUAUGCAAUGUCAUAGUUUAACUUUUGGAACAGUAUUUCACAUUUAAAAGAAAAACUUGCAGAAAUAAUUGUACACAGUCAAUUUCACACAUUAUGAGCAGCAUUUAUCAAAUGAUACCACAAACUUUGAAAUUGCCUUUCAGUGUCAUAAAUGACUACAUGAGCAGAGCCAGUCUGAUCUGUUUAUCUGGUUUGAGUGGUCUUCUUCCCCCCUCCACCCUCUGUCAGGUCUGGCAGGCCCUCUAUUUCUCUAUCCUCUCAUCUCUGCAUUUCUUCAUUUUGGCGUCUCGCUCUGUCACCUCUCCAUGGUCACGUCUCCCCUUUCCCUGCUGCUCGGUCUAGAGAUCGUCUCGCUCGCACUCGGUUUAAUAACUGUUUUGUCAUGCUCCGUGUCUUUGUCCUUCAGAGGAGUCGACUCUCUGAUCAGGUUUCUUAAAGAUCUGAUGCGCACUUGUUUACAUGAUUUAUCUGCGUACAUGUCACCAAAGACAUGGUGGUGUGUAUUGAUCAGACUUUUAUAUGAAUAGUUUGAUGUACAACUAUUUGCUUGAUUGCUUAGUGUUAGACAUGAAGAUCAAUGGCGGUAUCUCUGCACUGAAUGUGAAGCUACAACCAGAACAUGGUUAGCUUAGCUUAGCUUAGCUCAUAGAAAACUCUUAUGAUGGUUGUUUCCUGUUUCCCAUUUGUUUCAACUAUGACUGUAGUUGUUCCCUUACUUUACCCACAUUUUUUGUGUCUCCCUGUACAUAUUAAACAAAAAGGAUGUAACACUUUAAUUAGUGAACAUUACACAUUAGGGUUGGUAGGUUAGCUGUUUUCUUGUCCAAAAAGGUUAACUAUUCCUGUAAUGAAAAUAAUUGAACCUCUAAAAGGCAAGUGAAAAAAACAACUCUGGUGAUACAGUUUCUCAGGUCUGAUCUAAAUUGUCUUUGUCUUUCCUAUGUUGACAACUUCACUGGUUAAACAUGGUUUCUAUAAGGAUUUACCUUGCAAAAAAAGAACCAUCUUUCAUAGUUCUUUACAAACAGAGGAUACAAAGGUAAAAGAAAGUUACUAGGAAAAAUAUUCUCGAAAAUGUCUUUUCCCCUCUGUCUUACAGAUGAAAAAAAUAAUGUACUUAGAAAGAUUAUCCAGGCAAAAGUGUUUUUUGCCCACCUGUGCUUACGUCAUAAACACUGGAGAGAAACACAUCAGAACAGAAUUUCUUUCUUUCUAGCUUUUGUAUUUAUAUGCAUUUGGCAGUUGGUAAACCACACCUUUUUUAUGAGCUUGAAUUACAUGCCACUACUUCACACUUACUACUACUGAUUGUGAGUGAGUAGGCUAUAAAAACCGAUGGAGAGGGGUACUUGAAUCAGUUUUUAUCACAUCUCCAUGUACGUAAAUGAAAUCAGAGCGGGGAAUCAGAGACAUGAAAUGAAAGGCAGAGUGUGAUAGAAGUCACAAUGUCCUAUUUCUUAAAGAGUUGGAACUCUGAAAUUGCGACACUUAAAUUGCCUACUGGUAGGAUCUCCACCUGCUGCUGUCAGACCAUAUCCCAUAAGAGUCGGUGUCCAGCUGACGGCGAUCAAUGUAUUUGCACAUAGAGGAAUUUGUACGGAUGUGCAGAAAAAACAGAUCACUGUGUCUUUCAGUUUCCUUGUGUGUGAAGCAUAAUGUGUGUUAUUGCUGUUGAGGAUUUGCUUCCUCUGCUAUAUGCCUCCUGAUGAGAGGUGACCUGACAGACUGUCCCAUGUGACUUCUCCCGAGACGGCGCUCAACCUCAACACCACGCAUCCUGCAAGACCCCAUCAGAGCUUAAGAGCAAAAGGAAACUCACAUUCAAACACUUGUGAUACAAAGGUGGCUCCUGCCAAAGCCACACAAUAACUGUGUGUGCCCUGGGAGCCAUUCAGGUGGAAAAUUACACUGCCCAAUCAAUCGCUAAUAGAAAAUCUUUCCUCUGGUCGCGGCCAAUCAAAUGCUGGCUGUGUGCUUUCUCCUUGAAACAAUGGCCAAUCAGUUGCUCACAAUGCUUGUCACUGUCAUGUUGAUCAUCAUCAAAUGUAAUUAUUCUCCUGUUUCAUGGACAGAUAUUGAUGGCGUUGGUCGGUGACGGAUGAUGAGAGUAAAUAAUGCAAGCUAAUCAGAAACUAACUAUGCAAGUGGAAAGAGAAUAAGCAUUUUCCCAACCAAGGCCUUCUUUCAGUUUGUAAUUAAUUCAAAUGUGAUUUUUUUUUCUUUUUUUCUGCAAGCAUAAUCCAUUUCAGCGUUUUUCUCAUUCAUUUGAAAGGAUUUGAUCUUGGCUCAUUUGAAUAAACAUUUUGCUCCAUAUUAGUCUGGGUAAUGAAGUGGAUCUCAGAAGAAAAUGCUUUUGUUAUGAGAGUGGAGAGUGCAGUGGCACUAAGGAGUCUCACACUGGUCACCUCAGUGCGAAAAUUGCUGAUUGGAUAGCAGAUUUAAUCUAAAGCAUUAUACUAAUAAUGAUUUGUAAUUUUCUUGUGGACAAAGUUUGAAUGUUAAGAGCGGUGGACCGAGUGUUUUUGGAAAUAGGAAAAGUGGGGUUUUAUACACAAAGCAGCAAUAAAGCCGUUGUUGGAUGUA